ACCGAUCAUGGAUGAAACUUUGAUUCGCGCGGCACAUGCUUGGAGCAUCACCGGCGCUGCCUUUUUGUCGGGCUUUAUCGCGUGUUUCAGCCACGCCGGAGUGCCUACGCUCAGCAUAGCUCCAGUCGACACUCUUGUGCAUCAGUUCAAAACCAUGUACAAUAUUGGGAAAGCUACAUCACCACUGAUUGCCAUCACCGUCACUAUUUGCAAUGGCUAUUCGGCCUAUUGCUCUAGGGCUGACACACAUCUGAUUGGUGAUAAUGUAUCUCGUUUUGCUUUGUACACAGCAGCAGCAAUUUGUGUACCAAGCAUUGUUCCGUACACGUUGUUGUAUAUGGAGCCCACUGUUAACAGCAAAUUGUUGGCACUUGGUGCAAAGGUGGAAAAGGGGGCUAAAGCAAAAGACCUUGGGGUUAGUGAGCAAGAAGUUCGGGGCAUGUUGAAAAGGUGGCGAGGAAUGAAUUUCGUUCGAGCAGCGCUUGUAGCUGCUGGUGCUGUACUGGCUGCUGUUGCUACCUUCAACUAAGCAGACUCUUUGCGAGUUUGGCGACUCAAGCAGCACACAUCGAGACGAGGAUGGAUAAGAUCACCGAUGGAUUAGUAUAGAUAUUUCUUGAUUUUGAAUAUUG